UGUACGGUGCACAAAGAAAUUCGCACCAAGUGCCACUUCCUCUCAUCCAUCAAAACCUCUACACCAUCAAUGGCGCUAGCUUUGUCCCUCAACAGCUACUCCUCCCAUUGUAAACCCUUUUCUUCAACAAAUUCGUCAUCUUACAGGAAGCAGCACUCAAAUCUUUUCUUUCCACUGAGAAAAAAAUACAGGCAGCAGAAUCGGAGCUUAUGUAUCGUUAGUGUGUCGGAUUCUGAAGAGAACAACUCUCAAGAUGAUGAAGAAGAUAAUUUGGGGGUCAAAGCUGCAUUAUCAAUGCUCAAGUUCUAUAAAAGGGAAAUCUCGCCAAUAAUGCCAAGGAGUUGCCGGUAUGUACCAACAUGCAGUGAAUACUCCAUGAUUGCUUACAAGAAAUAUGGAGUUGCUAAAGGGACAGUCUUAACAGCAUGGCGCCUUUGUCGCUGUAACCCUCUAGGAGGAUCUGGUUUUGAUCCCCCGAGAUGGUUCGGCGAGGAAAGUCCACCACAGGAAUGACACUUGAUGUUAGAUGAAAGUACAGGUUUGGCUUUUGGUAAUGCAAACCCUUGAUAUUGGAACAAAUAUAUUAUAUAUAUGCAUUGUUUAUGGUCAAAGGCGGGCUAGGAUUUGAAUCUUAUGGGUUCUAGAUUCUAGGACACGGCCUCAAGUGCUAGUACCUGGGUUUGGAAUCUAACUUCUAUACAUAUCUAGUGAUUUAUUAACAUUUAUACAGGUUUGGACCAAAGCUACUGUUUAUACUACCUCCGAUCUUGUUUAAGGUAUUUGGUAAUGCAAGUCAAAGUAACAUUCUUCUCUAGCUGAUAUUAAACAGAAUGUGUUUGUUGCUUUUUCAA